UGUUUUGUCCGAAAUGAACGCUUGGGCAAAAAGCGAAAACUUUGAAGCGCGAUUUCUCGGUUUUCCAUUUUUACAAUUAUUUUUAAUUGGCGGGCAGGAUAGAGAAAAACUAAACGUCGCACUGAAUUGAGGCAAAGUUUAGUAUCUUUGGCAAAAAAUUAUCUUCUGUUUAAACUAAAAAAACUAAGAAAAGUCAAGUUUGAACAUAUUUUUAAACAACAUAAAAUAAAAUUUUUUGGUCAAAACCACUUUUUUUCAAUUUUUAAAAAAUUUGUAAAAUUUUACACUUCUUUUGGAUUCCUAGUUUAACUAGAAGAUAAAUUAUUAAAAAAUAUGAAUCUCUUUGAAUAUUUUGUUUUGAUAGAAAUUGCGACCUGCAUCCUGCCCGCCUUCCGAAAAAUUCACAUGUGAGAUGCAUCGGGCAAUUGCUUCCCAAAGGCAGAAUAUCAAAGAUUUCGUAUCCAAAAAAUUUAUGAAAGAUUUUCAAAUACAUAGCUAUAAACCCUAGACAUUUUGCAUGAAUCAAUUAUUUUUUUCCCUCCCAAAAAAAUCUUCAAAAAAAUCGUUUUUUUUUGAAACCUCUAAAGCAGGCCUUAACACUUGCCAUUGUUCGAUGUGAUCUUCACCUUCACCGUUCGGCAACACAAGAGGAAUGAAAUUUGUGUGCACACAGCGCCAUAUACGACACACAUGUGUGCACACCGAUCGUAAAAAAUCAAACAUUUCCGCGAACAUGGAUCGGUAUGCCCACAAGCCCAUACACGCAUGAACCGCAAUCGCACACAUACCGAUUCCCCUAUUCCCCGUUGCUUCAGGCGUUUCCAUCUGGGGCACAUGACGCACAAAUGCUGCAACCCUGACGACAGGUCGUCCCUGUGUACACGUUGUGGAGCCGGUGGACAUGUAGCGAAGUAAUGCAAUAACGAUCCUAGCUGCAUGCUUUGUAAAGGAGCACACUCAGCCUUGAGUACUACUUGCCCCAAGUACUUGGAGAUGGCGAAAUCUUUAGGGAAAUGAAGAUUUUGCAAUUAAAUCUAAAUUAAUAUGCUGGAGCACAAGAUCUGCUUGAACAGACAGCAUUUGAAGAACACAUUGAUGUCGCUUUAUUAAGCGAACAAUACUCCCAGCGUUCGGAAAGCACUUGGACCACAGACAAAGCCGGAAUAGCUGCAAUACGGUCAUGCAAAGGACAACCAUUUAUAUCUCGCUCCAGAUAUCAUAACCUUUUCACAUGGGAAAAUAUACGUGGCAUAUACUUCGUUAGCUGCUAUGCUCCUCCCAGCGCCUCUAUUAAAGAUUUUGAAGAAUUCCUCCUGGAACUUGCUCUAGAAACCAGAGGCAAAGCACCAAUUAUAAUCGCAGUCGACUUCAAUGCGUGGUCGACCGCUUGUGGUAGUAGGCGCAUAAACCACCGUGGGCGUCUACUACUUGAUCGAGCGAGCUAUUGUAUCGAAACAAAUUUCGUGACGUUUCGAGUAGCCGGAUCGCCGCACUCGAUACGAAACGAAUCUAAAUUAGCUCACUGUAACAGCCCUGGCCUCUCUACAAAUGGCAUUUACGAAGUGUCAAAUUGUGAAAUCAAAACAAAGAAAGUUGUUGAAGCCGUGCUAUAUUUUUUUAUAAAGGUGAAAUACUAUUGUUUUUCUCAAAAGUGAUGCAUCCAAUAAUUUUUUUAUAUUCGUCUUCGGAAUCUGAGGAAGAAAACGUGUAGCAAGUCAUAAGGAACCAAAUGCGAGACAAAAGCAAUCCCUUGGCAUUGCCAGAGGCAGCCUUCAGGAAACGGUUCAGACUCUCUAAAUGUGCAUUUAACUACGUAUUGGCUGAACUCAAAUUUGAAGGGCAUUUGUCAACCGCAGUAGCACCAAUGAUUCAACUGGGAGCGACUUUGUCCCUUUCGGCUGACUUUUUGAUAGGAAUAUGUCAAAGCACUAUUUGCAAAAUAAUAAAAAAUGUAAUCAGCGAAAUGGAAACAAAGUUGUGCCCCCAAUUUAUUAAAUUCGUGCCCGACAAUCUUUCGGAAUGCACGAAAUCGUUUGUUGAAAAAUACAAAAUUCCUGGAGUUAUUGGAUGUAUUGAUGGCACGCACUUUGGGCUGCAAAAACCAACAGUAAAUGAGCACAUGUUCUUCAACAGGAAAGGAUACCAUAGCCUCAACUCAAUGAUAAUAUGUGACCAUGAAUACUGCAUUUUGGCCAUUGACUCAAAGUGUGGGGGAGCCGCACACGAUUCCUCUGUGGGGAAGCAUUCGGUACAACGAAAGUUUUUGGAGGAGCAAUUUAACCAAAAUAACUUCAAAAAUGUUUGGCUUUUAGGAGAUUCGGGUUAUCCCUUGGAGCCGUGGUGUUUAACAUCAUUCAGGAGCCCUGAAGAAGGGUCUACUCAAGCUCGGUUCAAUGAGGCUCAUUCUAAAGCUCGCUGUGUGGUUGAAAGAACCAUUGGUAUCUUGAAGUCGAUAUGGAAAAAAGGAAACAAUGACAAGAGAAGCCGUUACCAAUCCUGA